UUAGUUUUACGUUCUCUGUUAUUUUCUUGCGUUUGCACUUUGGUCGUUCUCUUCCAACCAUGGACGCGUUCACUUCGUUCUUCGAUUCCCAAUCAAGAGGCUGCUGGCGUUACGAUAUUCUUAGUGAUUUCUCUCAGAUCUCUCCGAUCGUCCAGACUCAUCUCAAGAAGGUUUAUCUCACACUAUGUUGUGCACUUGUUGCAUCUGCUGUUGGAGUGUAUCUGCAUGUGCUUUGGAACAUCGGUGGCAUUCUUACAACAAUUGGAUGUUUUGGCAGCAUUGCCUGGAUUUUAGCCACGCCACAACAUCAAGAGCAAAAGAGAGUUGCUUUGUUGUUGGCAUCUGCAGCUUUUCAGGGGGCAACAAUUGGUCCUGUGAUUGAGUUGGCCAUCAAUAUUGACCCAGGGUAUGUUUCCAGUUUUUAGCAGCUCUUCUUACAUAGUUCUACCGUAAUUAAACUUGAAAUUCAGUUGUCGUUAUUUAACUUGAUUGUUGCAUUUUAGAAAUUUUUGGUUAAUCUACAAUGUUAUUAACUUCUCCGGGUUUAAACCAUGCUUAACCUUUUCUUUUUGGGAUACUGUCAUGCUUUAAGUUUCACCCUCAUAGGAUCUGGUAGAGUUAUAUUGUCUGCUUCGGUUCUUUAGAAUGCAAUAUGCUUGAAGAUUUAAUUUCUGUGCCUUUGUCCAGCUAAAAACCAUAUCUUAAGCCCCUGAACGAAAUGGAAACUGUAUUAACUUUGGGCUAAUUUGUGUGGACCAAAAUAAUUGAGGGGCUGAUUUUCCCAAAAGAAGAAAAAAGUCCAAGAGGUUUUGUUUACAUUUGAAAAUGGGAUUUGUGCAUGGGCUUAAGAUAGGGUUUUGCCUCAUUGUCCUGGUGUAUAAUUAGUCAGCUUAUGAUAUGAUGCUCAGAUGACCUGUACUAACUAUGGUGUUUCCUUGAUUGUUAGUGUUCUGGUAUCUGCAUUUGUGGGAACUGCAGUAGCCUUUGGUUGCUUCUCUGCCGCUGCUAUGUUGGCUCGGCGCAGAGAGUACCUUUACCUUGGGGGGUUGCUUUCAUCUGGGAUGUCUAUUCUUCUCUUGCUGCAAUUUGCCUCCUACUUCUUUGGUGGUUCCACAGCUCUUUUUAAGAUUGAGAUGUACUUUGGCCUCUUGCUGUUUGUGGGCUAUAUUGUCGUCGACACACAGGAGAUGAUUGAGAGAGCACACUUCGGUGACAAGGACUAUGUGAAGCAUGCACUGUUGCUUUUCACUGAUUUUGUUGCUGUCUUUGUCCGUAUUCUGAUAAUCAUGUUGAAAAGUUCAAUGGAGAAGGAUGAGAAAAGGAAGAAGAAAAGGAGUGACUGAGUUUUCUGCUGAGUAGCCAAGCUGGAAAGAUGUGUAAUCAGUUAUUAAUGGAACAGAAUUUUUUUUUUCUUUCAAACUUCUGAGUAAGUGAAAUAGUAGUUUUCCUCUUGCUAAUCAUCAACGUUGAUACUGAAAAAGUACAGAAACUGUGUGGUUUAACAAAUGGUGGUACCAUAUGGAGUAUCCUUCAACUCAAUAUCAUGUUAUGAUAGAGUAUUUACUCUACCUGAUUUUCAAGUCUU